UAACCUGCUGUGCCAUAUACUAAUCCAACUUUGUUUGGGUGAUGGUGGAUACCCGGGCACACUGCCAGUGCCCCGCUCUCUGCAGGUUCUCACAAAUUGGACAGAAAGCUUCCUCCUCACUAUCCGUUAUCACUCUUCAGUCUUCCCUAAUCAGUUCCCAUUGAUUAGGGUUUUCAACUUUCAUUUUAUUUCUCUCGCUGACCUUUGAGCGCCCUCUACAUCUCCCAACCGAGGCUUCAUUCCUGAUGUUUUGAACAUUCUGCACAAGAUGCACACAUUGAAGGGAGCAUGGGCUGGGCAGACAUUUGCAGUUGUUGCUUGCAAUGAAUCUGGAGGACGGAAGGCAAGGAUAAGGCGCUCAAAGGAGGAGAGGAAAUCUAUGGUUGAGACUUUUAUAAAGAAAUAUCAGAAUUCAAAUAAGGGGAGGUUUCCUUCCCUGAAUCUUACACACAAGGAAGUUGGUGGCUCUUUCUACAUAAUACGGGAAAUUGUUCGGGAAAUCAUUCAAGAGAAUAGAGUUUUAGGUCCUGCCAUGUUGCAUUUGGGAGAGCAGGACAAUGGAAUUCCAGUCUUAGCCUUUCCAAUUGAACCCUAUUCUUCUUUGUCAUCACCAGAUGACAUUCACUGCCAGAGUACAACCAAAGGAAAUGUUUUAGAUUCUAACGGACAUCUUCAUAGUAGUAGGACUGCUAAUAACCAGUUAGAUGUUGAACAAGUGGUUGUUGUUAGUAGUGACAUCAUUGGACUAGACAGACCCGAAGAUGAACAAAAUGUGGAUUUCUUUGACAAAGAUGAAGUAUCUGUAGAACCAUUAAGUACAGAGUCAUCACCACCAGUAAAGGAAAGUGUAGGAGAGACUGGAGAACUCAAAGGAUCAAAAGCAGGACCCAGAACCAAAAAUGAACAAAAUGUGGAAUUUUCUGACAAAGACGAUGUAUCUGUAGAACCAUUAAGUUCAGAGUCAUCAUCACCAGUAAAGGAAAGUGUAGGAGAGACUGGAGAAGUCAAAGGAUUAAAAGCAGGACCCAGACCCGAAGAUGAACAAAAUGUGGAAUUGUCUGACAAAGAUGAGGUAUCCAUAGAACCAUUAAGUACAGAAUCAUCACCACCAGUAAAGGAAAGUGUAGGAGAGACUGGAGAACUCAAAGGAUCAAAAGCAGGACCCAGACCCGAAUAUGAACAAAAUGUGGAUUUGUCUGAGAAAGAUGAAGUAUCCCUAGAACCAUUAAGUACAGAGUCAUCACCACCAGUAAAGGAAAGUGUAGGAGAGACCGGAGAACUCAAAGGAUCAAAAGCAGGACCCACACACAAGAAUGCUGAUGUAGUGGUUGAAAUGUUUCCUCUACGUCCCAUUUCAAUGACAUUUGAUGACUGGGAUGAUAAUGUAAUAAGUGAAACAAGUGGUCAAACAUUGCAAAUGAAUGCAGAAGUGGUGGAAAAGGAUAAAGAACUAGCAGUGGCAUCACCUUUGAAAAUUAGUUCAAAUUCUUCCAUAGUCACUACUUUAGACUUCAAACUAAAGGAUUCAUCUGCUCCUGAAAUUAAGACAUUCAUCAGUGGGAGUUCUUCCAUCAGAUCUAACGAGAAGCUUGGUUUGGAGGAGUCUCUUUCAUCAAUAAAUAACAGAGAAGAUAUUAUCAAAGUGAAAAAUGGUCCUCCCCCACUUGAUAGAAUCAAUCUCGAAACAUGGAAAGGGACAGAAGCAGAGACAGCCACCAAACAUGACAACAAUCCACUUUUGGCUUUAUUCAAGUCCUUCCUCACUGCCAUUGCUAAAAUUCUGCACUGAAAAACAGACUUUCCUUUGAAGUUCUCAUCAUCAUAGUUGCUUCAAUCAUUAACUUGCGGCUUUCCAUGUCAUUUACUAUGUUAUAUGCACGAGAAGUGAACAAUGUAGACAAGAAUGAUCCUUUGGUUAGCUUUGACAGUGAAGCAUAUUAUGAGAUUGUCUGAUUUCUCUUUGGAAGUGUAAUCCCACAACGUUGAAAUUUAUAUUUUUGUUGUGAGAAAUUUAUUACUCCGUAUUAUUAAAAAUAAUUUCUUAUGAACACUGGACAGCAAAAUAAGGAAAAGCUUUUUCUUAGUUAAAACAUAAAAGGGCACUAGACCAAGUUUUCCGUAUGGAUGAAUGAUGAUUUAGAGUAUCUUUGAUGCUACGAUGUGCAGUAUGCACAUGUGUCAUGAGAGAUGGCCACAUAAAUAUUAACAAAUAAAUUAUCUCUCUUCAUCUGAAUGCUUUUAUACAAUUUUAAUAAAUUUCUAUGCAAUGUCAACUAGAAUAUCAACAUCUAGAUGAUCUUCUUGGCAUUGAAGAAAAAACUUACCACAAUUGUAUAAAAUCAUUCAUGUGAUUUUAUUUGCUAAUAUUUACGUGGCUCUCUUAUGACACAUGUACAUCGUGCACAUUGUAGCAUUGCAAAUGCUUUUACAAAAGGAACAAAGAUGUGGAAGUUCUGGUAUUGGAAAUUGGUCUCACGUAGACAUUCA